GAUAAUUCAAUUCUAAUGAUGGUUUAAUCCUCAUAUCUAAUAAUGGGACGAUCUUUAUAUGAUCUUAUUGUACGAUCGAGAAAUUACUUAGGAUUGGUGAAGUUGUUAUGGACGCCAAACGUGAAAACCGAUGAUAUUCCUCCCCUGGAGGAUAUGUCCGAUAUUCUGAAACAAGCGGAGGCCAUUAAGUCAAAGGUGAAGAGUUCAAAGGUUACUACGACAACAGACACUGCUCAAAGAAAUGCCGUACCCCAGACUAACCCACACAAUGAGAAUUCACAGAAUACAACCGGGACUGGUCACACAGAAAAACCCACAACAGCCAAGUCAGCUGGUAAGACACCCAGCAAACCCAGCUCUGAAACUUUUGGAGGGUUCAAGAAAGGGUUCUUAUUUGGAGGAAACAGCUCACAGAAAUCAAAGGUCAAGAGUUCAUCAUCCUCAGGGUCAAAUGUCAAGAGUUCACCGGACGUGCCAUACAUCACCAAGAAGUCCCCUGAUGUGGGCCACCAAAUCCCAGAGGUGCAGCAGACCUUGACAGCUGAGGCUCAGAAAAUGGCACAGAAUAAAGAUGAAUGGCUGGAUGACAAUUUGAUGAAGGAAAUCGAGGCCAACGACACACUUUUCAAAAAGUUAGGGGACAAGAAAUAUGUGGAUGCAGUGAACCAGUUCCAGUCAGAUCCAGUCCAGGCCAUGGAGCGAUACAAAGAUGAUACUGAAAUCCAGCAAUUCCUCACAGCAUUCUGCAAAAUCAUGGGUGAACAUUUUUCUGGUCUGGCUGAUAAACAAGACAAGGCAACUACUCCCAACAAACCUGUUCCCCAGAGUAAAAUUGUCGAGCUGAAUUCUGAGUCAGAGGUCAAGCAGGCCAAAAGUACCCCGCCCCCAACAAUGAACCCUGUGAUGUCAGAGACCCUGUAUACAAGGUCACCAACAGGGGGCGCUGACAUGUCAGUCAGGAGCUCAACCAACCCUAACCAGCCUACCGCGGAGGAUGAGAGGAGAAUGCAGGAGAUUGUAGCCAAUCCUGAGAUCCGUAACAUCUUGUUGGAUCCAAAAGUGAUGAAACUGAUCGAGUCUCUGAAGUUUAAUCCGGAUGAAGGAACAAGAUUGUUAGAGCAAGCGGACUCUGAUCUCCGUGAAAAAAUACAAAAACUGGUGCAGUGUGGAUUACUUCAGUUCCAGCAAUGAGAGAGAGAGAGAGAGAGAGAGAGAGAGAGAGAGAGAGAGAGAGAGAGAGAGAGAGGGGGGGGGUCAACCAUCUUAUUUAUAUUAUAAUUAAUCUUGAUAACUAGAAAAGUUAAAUGAGUUGGCCCACAUUCAGUAAACACAUGUGAGACUGCAUGACCAUGGGUUUUUGAAAAAAGGGAGAAAUGACCAAUGUCAAGAAUUCAGAGAGAAGUAAACUUCCAGUAAGAAUAUAAAGGAAGUACUGUAUUCUAAUUAAAAAUUAAUUGAGGUGGUCAUUGAAUAUGCUCUUUUCCUUUGUAAAUUUAAUUACUCUUUUUUUGAAAAGAGAAAACAUUCAAUAAAACAGUAAGUUUAGUUCAGUUGUCUUAUAAACUAUUUAUAUUUUGUAUAUAACCUGACAAUAUGUAUGUCAAUGUAUUUUAUAUAACUAUACAUGUACAUGUACUAUGUGCAUUCAUGUAACAAAACAUUCAAAUUUAAUGUUUGUAUAAAUAAACAUCAAAAUCAUUUAAACAAAAAAACUUUAUGCAGAUAAGUAGCAACAUGUAAUUCCCUUCACAUUGUGUACUGUGGUUUUGUCAAUGUUUGAUGGAAUACCAAUUUUCCUGAAUUUACAUAUAAUGCAUACAUACAGUCUGUUUACGUAUAUAAAAUACAUGCACACAGUCUGUUAAGGUGGUAUGGGACACUUCCAUAUUGUGACGCACUGUUUAUCGAAAUAAACAAUAAAAUCAA